AUGGAAAGGAAGAUGAGGCCAAGCCUGCCGUUAUCGUCGAUCGUCGUUCCAACCUUUUUUUCGUCUAGCACCGAUAAAUUCGGUGGCGAUAAAUCUAGGGCGCGAAUCGAUUUCGCGGAGCAAAAACGUGGCUAUAAAUGUCCCGGAGAGACAAGAUUCCGGAAAAGCAACGUGGACGUCUCCGCAAAGGGACAGAGAGGGGGGGAGGGGGUGGAGGAAGGAGAUAGAGAGAAAAUAGAAAAAACGGGGUUGGGGCAGGCAGGCAGGCAGGCAGGCAGGCAAAGCUGUAGAGAGCACAAGAGAGGGCAAAAUAGACGACGUCAGUUUUCGAGACGUCAGUUUCAAAGAAUAGUCCCAAGUUUGGGGCGGACGAGGGUCAUCGCCGUCGCGAGGAGGUUAUCGACGAAUCCGGCCAAAGGGGGAUCGGGAAAACCGGGAAGAGGAGGAUGGCGUCGUUGCUGGGCGUACGGGUUCGCGGCGUUGCUGAGCGUGGCGACGUUCCUGCUGUUUUGGUGCACGAGCGCGUACCGCGACGCGAUUCUGUGGAACCUGGAGCUGCGGAACGGAACCCGGUCGUUUCUGCUGUGGCAGCGGCCACCGGUCGGCCUGCAGAUCAACGCCUACGUCUUCAAUUACACGAACGUGGGUGAGUUCGAGAGCGGGAGCGCGAGGAAGCUGAGGGUGCAGGAGGUCGGCCCGUUCGUCUAUCGGGAGAGCCUUAGCCGGGCGAACGUCCAACUGCACGAGAAUCGAACGGUGACGUAUCAAGAGAAGAGGAGCUUCCAGUGGAUCUCCGGAUUGUCCGAGGGGCAAACGGUGAUCGUGCCGAACGUGUUGCUCAUGUCCGCUCUCGCCUACUCGCGAGACCUGAAUUACCUGCUGCAGCUCGGAUUCACGGUGCUGAUGACCGGGCUCAAGUUACGCGCCAAACAACCGUUCCUCCAGCUCUCGGUCGGCGAGUACUUUUGGGGCUACGAGGACGAGCUGUUCGAGAUGGCCAAGCGAUUCUCACCGUUGAAGCAAUCCCUGCCCUACGACAAGUUUGGAAUUCUAGCCUUCAGAAACGGCUUGGACGCGGAUCGCAUCACGAUGCACACGGGAGCCGACGACCUGGGCCUGAUCCAGCGAAUCAACGGUCACGAGAGUUACUGGAUCUGGGGCGACGAGAAGUGCGAUCGAAUCUACGGCACCGACGGCAGCAUGUUCCCACCGAAUUGGAUCCAACAACGACCAAACGCCACCAUCUACGUCUACGCGAAAGAGUUUUGCAGGCAAUUGCCUUUUCGUUACGAGCGUCGCAGCUUCUCCAACGGCAUUCCUACCUUGAGGUACAAAUUACCGAGCAACGUAUUUACGUCGACUAGCAACAAAGACUCGUGUUUUUGCCCGAAGGAAUCGUACGAUUCAGUCAGCAGAAUAUGCCCUCCGGCCGGCACGUUCAACAUAUCCGCCUGCAAAUUCGGCACGCCGUUGAUCGUCUCCUUUCCUCACUUUUACUCCGGCGACGAGUCGCUGUUCCAGAAGAUCGAGGGAUUAACGCCUCGACAGGACCGUCACGAGAGCUACGUCGACCUCCACACGCAUUUGGGCGUCACGGUGGCCACCAGAAUGAGAUUUCAGCUGAAUCUGGAGGUACGAAAAGCGGUUGGCAUGCCGUUCUCCGGCAAUCUCGAGGACGGCUCGAUCCUACCGUUGAUCUGGGUCGACACCGUGAUAGACGACCUACCGGAAUCGAUUCGCCAGGCGCUUUAUCUCAGUCACUACUUGGUGAACGCCGUCGAGGCCGGACUUCAAUGGUGCAGCUUGAUCGGUGUCGUCAUCUCGUUCGGCGCUUUCCUCGCAGCCUUGAGAAACCAGCAAGAAGAAUCGAUCGCCAAAGCAACGAAACCCACGGUCGACCGUCCUCGAUCCCUCGAGCUCGACCGGCUUUGACAUCAUCCAUCCAUCCAUCCACCCAAAAAUCGAUACCACCGAUACCCCCUGUGUGCGUUUCGACGCGCGCACUUGCUUCUCGUCUUGUCUCGUCUUAUUUUUCCCUGAGAUCGUCUCUGUUGUAUUAUAUAUCGCGUCGCAUCGCAUCGUACAGUAUCGUUGUGUCGUAUCGUACGUUAUCCAGAGGAAUGCAAGGGGAAAACAAGGACGAGCGAAGUUUUCUUUUUUUUUUUUUUUUUU